AUGAAUGCAUCCACCAAGGUAUCCUGCCCUUCCUUUCUUCAUCUACCGGUAGAAGUGCGACUGCAGAUCUACGAUCGGGCGUUGAACCGCACCCUCCCCCCGCACAGCCUUCUCCGCGUCUGCCGCCAAGUGCGAGAAGAAGUACUCUCCGUAGUGCUGCGCAAGAGACGCUUCUUCGAGAGGCUCGACCAGUUUAUAACAUGGGCUCACCAGAGCCCAGCGCACCUGUUACCUCUGGUUCGAUCAAUCCACGUCAAUUGCAUCGUAAGCAGCUCGUUGUUCGCCGCGCCGGCGCCGAAGCCAUCAACAUUGUGGCAAGAGAUAUAUCAAAGCAUCGUCUCAACGGCUUCAACCCGCUUACCCACCCCCGUGGGUCCUCUAACCCCGUCUGUGGUCGCAGAAGCACUGGCCGCGCUGACUGGGGUCCGCGACUUUGGCAUCUUCGUCAUGCAAAACGUCGCCCGCUCCCCUCAAUUCCUCUCCGACCAGCGUCUGUUACUGACCACUCUGGGGACCCGCAUGCCGCAGAUCCAGAAAUUGGAGCUGGACAUCGACUUCCUUCCGCUGGACUUCCUCCGUCUGUUCGCCGCCGAGCUGCAUCACCUGACAAUAUCAGGCUAUGCCGCGGCCUCCGACAACAAUAAAACCAAGGAUGACGUCGACCAGGAGACCAACAACAUCGCCAUAUUUCGAAACCUCAAAUACCUUCAAAGCUUGACGUUGCGGAACGAAAUGAAUACGUUGCUGAACCGCGUGGCCGACCGGGAUGUAUCCCGCCUCGCUCCGCUUGUCGCCGUUACGCCGGAGGUGGUGCGCCAGAUGCAUCCGCUGCAAGGGUUCACCAUCGUGAGCGCGAAUGAUCGACAUUUCGAGUCCCACUUCUUGACGGCAGCAAUGAUCAGAGCGCUGCUGCAUACGCAUGCGAACUCAUUGGUGAACCUGGAGAUCUGGAGCGACGGCCAGGUUACUGAUGAGGUGGCCGUCGAGUUGACGAAACUGCUGCCGCGGUUGGCUCAGUUGAGAACUCUUAGGCUGCACUUCCGAUAUUCUCAAGCUCUGGGCCUGACUUUCAAGGAUUUUGUGCCGCCAAUCGUGGAAAAUGUUGAUUUGCAGUGCGAGAGGUGCUAG